AUGGAUAUCCUUAAGGAUUACCUACAGCAGGUCCAGUCUGCCUCUUUUCAAAGUCCAAAAGAGCAACCCCAAGGUCUUCUUAAUCUCCUUCGACUCCAUCCAUCGCUCAACCCAUGGAUUGUGAAAAUUUACAACAUUGGCGUGCUCUCUGACAAUCAAGUAAGAGAAGAAAUAAGAAGACGAAAUCUAUUUAACGAUGAGUGGAUGGCGUUCCAAGAGCUUGUAGAAAGCUUUGUAAAACUUUCGAAUCAAAUGAAUCCAUAUUCUAUGCUCGAAUCGUUCGAUUUAUACGCUAACUACCUCAACGCUCUAUCAAUGGCUUUCACCAAUAAAUUGUAUGGAUUCACAUUGACGCCUUUGAUUCAGGAUACCAUUGAUAUCAUUAAACCAAUGGCCACGCAACUAGAUCUCCAACUUCUUUAUGUUGAGAAAUAUAGAAGGCCAAGAUUGGUAUUCCUAGCAUCCUUACUAUUAAAAAUCUUCAACAACAUACGAUCACAAUUGGGCGCCAACGAUCAUAUUGAAACGGCGAAAAAGUCAAUAAUGUUGUUCAUUGGUGUUAGGCUUUGCCAGACAUACUUCCAAUUGUUGAAUCCCCUCUUGUGUCGAAAUGUCUUCUCCAAUAUGAACAAUGCCAACUUGAAGAUGAUAGACUUUCCUAAAAGUCAACAAGUUCAGUAUAGGUAUUAUUUGGGAAAAUUCUAUAUGGCAAAGUACCACUUCGUUGACGCUUAUCAACAUUUUCACUGGUGCCUAUUGAAUACUCCAUCGAACUACAUGGUAGAUAACUCCAAUGUGACUCAAAUAUUACGUCACUUGAUUCCACUUGGCAUAAUAAUCGGCAAAAAGCCGAAUAUGAAUAACAUCAGAACAACAUUUUAUUCUUCCAGAGCAAGAUGUCCAAAAUUUUUGGACAUUCUUGAAGGGAUAUGUGCAGCCGUACAAUUAGGCGACUUCAACAGAUUCACAAGAGUUAUCAAUAAAGCUGAUCAUUACCAGGUGCUCAAGAAGUAUCAGCUUUUACUAUUGUUUGCUGAAAAGGCUCCGAUUCUCAUACUAAGAAACCUUGUGAGGAGGGUGUGGAAUAUACAGGGCUGUUCAGCAAAGCUCGACUACGACAGCAUUAGGCUGGCUCUCACAGUUUCAUUGGCAGGCCGCCCAUUGAGUGCUAUCAACUGUUUUGGCGAAUGUCAAGAAAGCCAAGGAGAAGAUAUUGACGACUUCGCGGUUGAAAACUGUCUAGUAACACUAAUCGAUCAAAAUCUUUUAAAGGGGAAGCUAUUUCCAAGACUCAGAGUGGUUUCCUUGAGUAAAACGGGCGUCUUCCCACCAAUUGCAACAAUCUUGUUUUUAAAAUUUGGCAACGGGCCAGAGGGAAAGCUCAACUAUGCGGACAAAUGGAUGGAACAGGGGCGUUAG